GGAACCAAAGUUCAGGGCGUUAGUGUAGUUGGACGUGCAUAUAUAUGGCGUGGACCCGAAGCAAAAACCCCACAAAAAACAAAAAACCGUAAUCAACUCAAGUCGAGGUAGGUAGCAGAGAGGGGUCACCAUGCCUACGGUGGUGUUGAUGGACGUGUCCCUCUCUAUGACGCGCCCGGUCUCGCUGGAAGGCACCGAGGAGUACCAGCGCAAGAACCUGGCCGCGCACGGGUUAACGAUGCUGUUCGAGCACAUGGCCACCAACUACAAACUGGAGUUCACCGCUCUUGUAGCCUUCUCGUCACUCUGGGAGCUCGUGGUCCCUUUUACCAGGGACUACAACACACUGCAGGAAGCACUAAGCAGUUUGGAGGAUUAUGAUAAGACGUGCCUGGAGUCGGCUCUUCAGGGGGUUAGCAAUAUUGUACAGCAGGAAUGGGGGGGAGCCUUCCCCUGCCAGGUGGUUUUAGUAACGGACGGUGCUUUAGGGAUUGGAAAAGGCUCCUUGCGGCACUCUUUAGCAACCUUGAAACAGCGCGGAGAAGACAAGAAGUUUCCACUGCCUUUCCCAUUCCCUUCCAGAAUCCACAUCAUGUGCAUUGCCAAUCAAGAGGAGCUCCAGAACACAGAUGUCUUGGAUAAGCUUGAGCAGCUGAUAAAUCUGAACAAUGGAGAGGGACAGAUCUACACUGUUGACGGCUCAUUAUGCCUGAAGAAUGUACAGUCUAUGUUUGGAAAGCUGAUAGACCAAGGCUACUCCCCUUUCCAUGCUGUGUUGAAGUGUGGGAACCUGACUUCAGAUGUGCAGGUCUUUCCCAGGCCUGAACCAGUCCUCAUUGCUGAGGAAACUGAACCUGUCCUUAGAACCAUUAAUACAGAUUUGGAAAUUGUUGGGUUCAUAGAAAUAGCUGAUAUUUCUAGUCCACCAGUACUCUCCAGGCAUCUGGUUUUACCCAUAGCAGUAAACAAAGAAUGUGAUGAGGUUGGUACCGGGAUCCCUGAAGACACAGAAGACGAGAACUCGGCCAAUCAGAUCGCUGGCAAAAGCCCAAAUUUCUGUGUCCUGCUACACGGCAGCCUCAAAGUGGAAGGCAUGGUGGCGCUGGUCCAGCUGGGUCCUGAUUGGUACGGGAUGCUGUACUCUCAAGCUGAUAGCAAGAAGAAAUCCAACCUGAUGAUGUCGCUGUUUGAGCCAGGUCCUGAAACACUUCCAUGGCUGGGGAAGAUAUCUCAGCUUGGACCCAUUUCAGAUGCUAAAGAAAACCCCUAUGGAGAAGAUGACAGCAAAAGCCCUUUCCCUUUACAGCCGAAGAAUAAGCGCAGCUACGCGCAAAAUGUUACUGUGUGGAUCAAGCCCAGCGGGUUGCAGACCGAUGUUCAGAAGAUCUUGAGAAAUGCCAGAAAACUUCCAGAGAAGACCCAGACAUUCUAUAAGGAGCUGAAUCGCUUGCGCAAGGCGGCUCUAGCGUUUGGGUUCUGGGAGCUGCUGAGCGGCGUAGCGGAUCUGCUGGAGCGGGAGUGCACUCUGCUCCCUGACACCGCCCAUCCUGAUGCAGCGUUUCAGCUCUCCCACGCAGCACAGCAGCUCAAACUGGCCAGCACGGGGGACUCGCAGUACGCAGCCUUCACCCACAACAUCACACCCAUGCCAACCGACUUCUCUGGCAGCAGCAGCAGCGAGCGGAUGUAGAUCUCUGACCCCGUUUGAGGUGUUGCCCAGAAAAAAAUUUAAGGAAAUACAGCCUUCUGUACCAGAAAAUAUGUGACUGAACAAUCUUUGAAAAAAAAAAAAAGUAUUACAUAUUUUGACAUUUUGUAUAGCUGUCCUUUAGGUUGUAAACCAUAUUUUAGUUUGGGCAAAAACCUAGAAGUCAAACAGUGGUAAAAUACUGCCUCAUAAUUACCUUUCCUAGCACAUGGUUUUUUUUUUGUUUUAUUACAAAGCAGAUCUGUAAAUAGUAUUUGUCAAAUAGGUUGGUAAAUAAAGUGAAACUGCUA